AUGCCGCCGCCGCUCCCGCUGCUGCUCCUACUGCUGCCGUCGCUGGCCCCGAGCUUCGGGCUCCGCGGCGCGGGGGGACGACACCCCGAGUGCGUCCCCUGCCAGCCGGAGCGCUGCCCGGUGCCCGCGCCCUGCCCCGCGCCCUGGAUCGCCGCGCGCGACGAGUGCGGCUGCUGCACGCGCUGCUUGGGCGCAGAGGGUGCGAGCUGCGGGGGACAGGAGGGCGUGCGCUGCGGCCCAGGCCUGGUGUGCGCGAGACUUUGCGUGUGCGCGCAGCGCGGCGCGGUCUGCGGCUCCGACGGCCGCUCCUACCCCAGCGUCUGCGCGCUGCGUCUGCGCGCCCGGCUCGCGCCCCGCGCACACCCCGGCCACCUGCACAAGGCUCGUGAUGGGCCCUGCGAGUUCGCUCCUGUGGUUGUCGUGCCACCUCGGGAUAUUCACAAUGUCACUGGGGCGCAGGUGUACCUGUCCUGUGAGGUGAGGGCUGUGCCCACCCCAGUCAUCACGUGGAGGAAGGUCACACACUCUUCUGAGGGCACCCAGGUGUCAGAGGAGUUGCCUGGAGACCAUGUCAAUAUAGCCAUCCAGGUGCGCGGGGGCCCUUCUGACCACGAGGCCACUACCUGGAUUUUGAUCAAUCCCCUGAGAAAGGAAGAUGAGGGAGUGUACCAUUGUCAUGCAGCCAAUGUCAUUGGAGAGGCCCAGUCCCACAGCACAGUGACAGUCCUUGAUCUGAACAGAUACAAAAGCCCCCGCUCCCCAGCUCCAGCUGGCCUCCUGUGAUGAGCACGGACACAUUGGUCACAAAAUGAAGGAAAAAUGAAGGAAUUUUGCUUUAUGAAGACUUGGAGAAACUGUGUUUGUAGAAGAUUCCCUUUUGUAUGUUUUUUUAAGAAUGGAAUGCAAACUAGAUUUGCACAGAGAAGUAGUUUUUAGCAGCGCAAACCUUGAAGACAGACAUGCAUGUAACUUUUUUGUACUUUUGGAAUGAAUCGUUCUAUAACAAUUUUUUUUUUAACUGUUCCCUCCCAGGGAAGGUCUCAUACUGUAUGUUUAUAAUUCUAAAGGGCUCAAAACAAGGCAUGUGCUGACCAGCUCUUGACUUCAUGUGUCUGUGAUUGAUUAGUGAGUAUUGUGACUUUGUGUGAGUUAUAGAAGGAGGAAAGAGGGUCCCUGUUUUCAUCUCCUGAGUGACUGAUACAGGUGCCCUUCCCCGUCUUUGGGCCUUGGUUUACACCUGCGAUGGUAGCAUUUGGACUAGAUAUUACUGGUGUCCCCUGUAGUCCUGUCCUCCGAGUGAGAAGGCCCUAGAGAAGUGUGACCCUGGUAUUCUUUUAAAGUCAUUACUGUAUGGCAGUUGUGGACAGCUGGGGUGGUUCUUCUGCUCCUGUUUUUCCCGUUUUAAGGAGAUUUAGUUCUGGAUGGGUCACUUUGACUCCGGGGCCCCUUGACUGGACUUUUGGGGGCCAACCUGUGCACUUGUUAGCCCAGUGUCCUCUCAGCAGGUGGGCACUGGAGAUCUUACUCCUGAACAUCACAUUGGAGAGAACAGAGCAGGUGUCAUCUGAUGGCUGUGGAAUUGUACUGUAGUGGUACAUGUGACCUUGCCCAAGCAGAAGCUUUUUUCCCUCCUUAUGAGGAAAAGGAGAAUAUUGACUCUCUGCUCUGAAAAGCAGAACUCCAGGUGAUCAUAGCUUCCCAACAUCAGAACUGUAAUUCCCUCACUGUGAACAAGCCUUGGAGUUCAUCUGCCCUUGAGGGUAGGCAGGGCAGCAAUUUCUGCCCUCUCCAACCCCUAACAUGAAGAAGUCAGGUCUGGGCUCAAGGAACAGACUCCCUGCCACGUCUGAAGGCCUCCGAGCAGGACAGAACUCGGCCACCUCCCUGGCUUACUUUCCCCAGGAUGCUGCUGCUUGGGUGACCUUGAGCCAGGGAGAGCAUUGCUGCCCAGGCUCCCAGGCUCUUGCCAAGCCUCAUCUCAGUCUCUGGCCACUCUCUUGCCUCUCACAUUGGUUAUCAUGCUUUGAAGUCCUUGUCAGAACUGAAUUUUCUGCCUUUAAUCUUGGCCAAUCCACACCUGAGAGGCUGGCCCUGGUAUAUUACACAGCAGAGAGAGUUCAACCUGGGAGUCUGAAAACGUGGCAUCCAGUUUCGUGUCCACGGCUGGCUUGCUGAGGUAGCCCUAGGCAAGUCCCUUUCACCUUGUGGGAUACCAUGUUCUCAUGGGAAUAGAAAGUGAAUGAACCUAGAGGAGAAGUCUCAAACCUUAAAACCCUUCUCUGAAUAAAAUCAGAAAUGAAAUUGGAAGCUUCUUUCUGCUGUCGGGUUGGGACUGCCAGGGGACCUGCUCAUAUCCACACCUGACUUGACCCUUCCCGUCCAUCUCAUCUCCCCUUAUCAUGAUUAUCAUGAUUAUUUCUAUGCCUGUGAGUCUGCUGUUAACUCCCUGUGAAUCGAGUGGGUAGGAGGUGACUUGCUCAGAUGCUUGGUGAAGGAGUGAAGAUAAGUGACUGUGGAGAACAUCAUGGAAGGCCGGCACAGAGUCCUUGGUCACCUCGGAUCUGCAUGGAUUGCAGACCUAGAGCCGAAGGUGACUGGAGCCCUCUGUGGAAGUGCUGUCAUGACUGUGUGGAACUAGCUUUUGCAACAUGCUUAACAGUGACAUAAACAUUCAUGCCAUGUUGUCUGAAAUUUUCACCAGUAUCAAAGAGUGGAUCAACAGGAUUGUUCAUCCUCGUGGUUUUUCACUCUGGAAUCCUGAGGGCCCAUUCCAAGACUAAGAACAGGUGCAGGCGGCUGCCACCACUCAGGAGCAUGAUAACCCUCCUACCAACCAACCCUGUUUUUAGAUACUGUA